GGAUAAUACCAUAUUGCCCAAUACAAGCACAAUGUAUCCCAUAGACACAUACAUAAAGUGUGUCUGUGCCAAUGGAGAUAUACAGUGAUGUACAUCGAUUUCUCUUUAUGACUACUAUAAAGUGUAAUUUUCAUUUCAUAUCAUUUUAUUAAUAAUAAUACAUAAGCGCGAAUCUGACUAACUUAUAUGGACUGGAGGAAACAAUAGAACUUCAAAAAAUAUCCCAUAGAAAUUUAGACAAAUAGAUUUUCACAGUUAUUCAAAUUAGAUUUUCAACGUUUUCCCUACUCAACAGAAAUAUUUUGGAUUAAUCCCAUACAAAAUGAAAGUUAUUCAAGUAACACUGAUCACAAAUCUGGUUUGUCUUCUGCUUGUUCAUUCAGCCGAUGCAUAUGCUGUUUUAGAAGGUAAACAAAUCGUGAAGAGAGUAUAUGCAAGAAGUCAACCAUCUGUAUUAACAGCUUCUGCAGGCUUUCAGUCACCAGUUCCGAGUACCGACGAAAUGAACAAUAGCAACGAGACUGUUUAUACUACUACUGCUAAUAAUAAUAAUGGAGUUGGCUUCACAACUGUUCAUCAUAUUCCACAAGAUUCAACAUCUAAUUAUGUUAUACCUAAUUUUAUAACUGGGGCCCAUCUCAUACCUGCAGAUGCAUUAUAUUCAGAGGCUAAUAAAGAUAAUUCAACACAAUGGUCUUUUUCAACGACAUUCGUUCCAUCAGUUGCAUCAAAGGUGGACAAGGAUGCUACUGCUACUACAACUACUACUAGCACUGAUGGCGAACCUACAUCAACUGACUCUUUAUCAUAUGAACAAGAGGAUAGGAGAGAAGAAACACAUUCAUUCGGAGGAGGAAGCCGAAAAGAGGCUGUAGAAACGGGGACAAGUUUGCCACAAUUUCAUUCAACUUAUCCGUAUGACAGCUAUUAUGAUUUGCCAGAGGAACUGAGGAAAUACCAAGUCGUAAUAUCAUCAGACAUGGAUCCUUCAUAUUACAUGGAUCAGCCAAAUGAGGGUGUUAAUCCAAUGAAUCGUUUUGCAUGGCCUCAAAACAAAGAAUACAGUCAGACAGCUGAAAAUGAGGUUCAAUUCAAACAAGGUGUACUUACAGAGGACCAGCAAACUAAAGAACCAGCCCGGCCUGUCUACCAUUCUCCAAUUCGUUGGGCAGUCAGAGAUAUAGCUUCACUUGGACAACCAUCACAUAUUGCUUGUAGCCAACCACUAGAUCGAGGUGUUGGUUCCAACGAAUUAUCCUCCUGGUACUAUGAUUCAAAAGAUGGUCGAUGUCGCUGGUUUGGCUACCGUGGUUAUGGCGGAAAUGCGAAUAGAUUUUACAGUCGAGCAGCUUGUGAAGAACUGUGUGUUCAAAACAACCAAAAUCUGUGUGAGGUUGCUAAAUGUCCAAAAUCAAUCACAUCCUGUAUCCUUGUUGGAGAUGAUUCAUGCAAGCUGUAUAAACAACAACAUUCUAAAUCAUGGGAAGCUGAAUGCCCACCUGAUCAACCAGUAUGCGUAACUAAACGUAAUACAAGAAUGGCACCAGAUAUUGAAUUUGAAAAUGUUCCAUCUGAAUGUCGUCAACAACCUGAUCCAGGAUCGUGUCAAAUUAAAAAUCCAUCACAGAACUUUUUCUAUGAUUUAGAAAGUAAUGAUUGUAUGUCAUUUUAUUUUCAUGAAUGCGGUGGAAAUGAUAACCGGUUUGUCACAAAAUCCGAAUGUAUGAGUCAUUGUUCACCUUGAGAGAUGAACAGGAGGAAAAGAAAACAACCGGAUCAAUUUCUGUCAUCCAUUGAAGGCGCUUCCAUUUCCCCUCCCCUCCCUACCUACCUAAAAUUCAUCAGUGUCAUCGCCAGCAUCAUCAUCAUCGUCAUCAUAAUCAUUGAUUACUAUCACUAUUGUCAUUGCCAUCAAUAGAAAACUCAAAAAGCCAUUCAUAGAGUACUGACAUUAUGGAAAAUAUCAUCCACGUUUUAUAAGUAGUAUUGUUAGUAGUAUAAACAAAUUAUCAUUCAAAUAUUUUCAAAAACAAGACCAAUUAAAAAAUUUGUUAUACACUGAAAAAUUGUCUCUUUAAUGGAAUGUGAUCACUACUCAUGUUAUUCAUUGGUAUUUCUGAUUCGUGAGUAAUGCUUAGUUUCAUUGUAAUUAUUAAAACAAUAAGAAAAGUAAUGAUAAUAACUAUUAUUAUAAUUAAUUAAUUUUACGGUUUAUUAUUUCUGUUACCUAGCAAUAAUGAUGCAUUAAUAUGCUUGUACUAUUCGUAACAUUACGGAUAAUAAAAAGGC